AAUGUAGGUAGGUAAUGUUUCUGAGUCAAUACAACACGAUACAUCACAAUAGUGAAUACAUCGAACACAUAACACAGUCAGUUUUACGAUGGCGCUGAAAAGUGGAGUUAGUUUUAUUCGUCUGAAAAGACUUAGCCACGGAAUAAGAUCACUCUCUACCCACAUAAGACCGGAAACAUCCCAGAAUGGCAGCAAAAAUGCAGAUUUUCCCGGAGCAAAGGCCCCUUACGUGACGGAAAUGAAAAUACUAAACGAGAACAGUUAUGACCCUAUCCCCAUCUAUCGUGUUCUGGAUAACAAUGGAGAAGUUAUAGAUAGAAGAGAAGAACCCAAAAUAGAGACUGAGACACUUCUCAACAUGUACAAAACAAUGGUACAACUGAAUCAAAUGGAUAAGAUUCUGUAUGAAUCCCAGAGACAAGGACGUAUAUCCUUCUACAUGACCAAUUAUGGAGAAGAAGGAAUCCACGUUGGUAGCGCAGCGGCACUGUCCCCGCGAGAUAUGGUCUUCGCUCAAUAUAGAGAGCUUGGAGUGCUGCUCUACAGGGGAAUGACGGUAACAGAGAUUAUAAACCAGUGCUAUGGAAACCAUGAGGACCCUGGCAAAGGAAGACAGAUGCCAGUACAUUAUGGCAGCAAGCAGAGAAAUAUUGUUACGCUGUCUAGUCCAUUGGCAACACAAAUGCCGCAAGCAGUGGGUGCAGCGUACGCAUUCAAACGAAUCCCAAACAACGAUCGCUGCGUCAUCUGCUACUUCGGUGACGGUGCUGCCUCAGAAGGUGACGCUCAUGCAGCUUUCAACUUCGCCUCUACGCUAGAAUGCCCUGUCAUAAUGUUCUGUAGAAACAACGGCUAUGCGAUUUCUACACCCACAAGUGAGCAGUAUCGUGGGGAUGGGAUUGCGGCCCGCGGCCCAGCGCUGGGACUCAAUACAAUACGGGUUGACGGAACCGAUGCUCUUGCAGUCUACAAGGCCGUUGAAAAGGCGAGGGAACUAGCAAUGGCAAAUCAACCUGUCCUUAUUGAAGCUAUGUCAUAUAGAGUGGGACACCAUUCUACAUCAGACGACAGCAGCGCUUACAGACCAGUGGAAGAAAUUCACAAAUGGAUGCAAGAUGAGGAUCCUGUCCAGAAGCUUAGACUCUAUCUAGAAGGAAAAGGCCUAUGGAAUUUAGAGUCUGACAAGCAGUUUGCUAAAGAAGCGCGUGAUUUAGUGUUAAGGACGAUGCAAGAAGCGGAGAAAAAGAAGAAACCCCACUGGAAGGAGAUGCUAGAAGAUGUUUACUAUGACAUGCCUCUGAAUUUACAAAAACAAAUGAAUCAAAUGGAAAAACAUCUGAAGAAGUAUAAAGAACAUUAUCCAAUCGAUCAAUUUCAAAGCGAAUAAUGAAAGGGGGUAAUUUUAAAUCAAUAAAUAUUUAAAGUUA